UGGACGGAGCGAAACAUCAACACGGAAACCGUCCUGUAGUCCCGACUGCCACCGCUCUGCUCUGAAGAGGAAACCUGAGACCUUACUCCUCUCUUACCCCGCUCACCUGCCUUGUCCGGACUCCUGAACCUUUACGUCUGUUCCCCCAAACACUACAAUGCUGUCACCGAGGUUCCUGCUGCUGCGGUCGGCUGCGUCCUUGGCGACCAGGUCGUUCUGCACCGGCGGCGUGUUGCAGCAGGGCAGAGCGCUGGACACGGAGGAGGGAAAUCCACUUUUACACGUUUCAAACGUGCGAAACAGGCUGAGAGAGAUCGUGGGAGCUUCCACUAACUGGAGCGACCACCAGCAGGCUUUGGCUGAACGCGUGUCGCUGUCGUCCAUGUUGGCCAAGUCUCAAAACGACCUUCCGGCCAAGAGGAUGAAGGACAGCUACAUCGAGGUCCACCUGCCUCUGGGCUCCGAGCCGCAGCUCCGAGAGAAAUACCUGACCUUCCACAACACCGUCAGGUUUGGUAGAAUCCUGGAGGACUUGGAUAGUUUAGCAGUCCUCAUCUCUUACUCUCAUACGUAUAAUCCGGCACUGAAGAGGUCUCCUCUGUCUAUUGUCACCGCCCUGGUGGACAAGAUCGACAUGAGGCAGCACACCAUCUAUCCUGACUGCGACAUCAAGUUCACCGGUCAGGUGACGUGGGUGGGGAAGACCUCUAUUGAAGCCAAGAUGCACAUGUCACAGUAUCAUAAUGGAGUUUAUGCUCCGGUUCUGGAUGCUACGUUCGUCAUGGUGGCCCGAGACCCAGAGAACAAGAGGGCAGCGUUUGUGAAUCCGCUGAAGCCAGAAGGGCCGGAGGAGGAAAAACUUUUCCAGGAAGGAGAAGCUAAUAAAUCUCGCCGUGUGGAGCUGAGCACCGCGUCGCUGCUGAAGGUCGCUCCCACAGACGAGGAGAGGAAGAUCGUUCACAGUCUCUUCCUCAACACGCUGGACACAAAGACAGUCAGUUUCCGCAGCAGAGUUUUGCCUCCGAACUCAGUGUGGAUGGAAGAUGCCAAAGUGAAAGGACUGGAGAUCUGCCACCCGCAGGAAAGAAAUAUCUUCAACAGGAUAUUUGGAGGUUUUCUGAUGAGGAAAGCCUACGAGUUGGGCUGGGCCAACGCCUGCUCCUACGGAGGAUGUCGACCGAGUCUGGUGGCUGUUGAUGAUAUCCUCUUCCAGAAACCCGUGGACAUCGGAUCCUUGCUGAUGCUUUCAUCACAGGUGUGUUACACACAGGGGAAGUACAUCCAGGUCAGAGUUCACAGCGAGGUGUUCGACCCUCUGACCAGCCAGCACAACACCACCAACGUCUUCCACUUCACCUUCACUUCAGACCGCGACGUCCCCAACAUCAUCCCAAAGACAUACGGAGAGUCGAUGUUGUACCUGGACGGGAAAAGACACUUUAACCAAACGGUGGAGAACUGAGAGCAACACGUGUACUGCCUGCCAAAACAUGUCGGUGUCAACCAAUCUGACCAAUCAGGUCUUCGUGUGUGUGUGUGUGUGUGUGUGUGUGUCAGAGGCUGGUUGAUUAAAAAUGAAUGCAGUUAAUAAAGUCUACAACCUUUUUUAUAUCACUCUGUCAACUUUACACAACCGCAUGGUGGUUAUGUUUGUCUCUGUUACUGUAUUUGUUCUGGUGGUUUACAUUUCGGUGUGUUUGGACCACUUUAGCACAACUCAAAGACAGCUAUAUUUUAUUUACUCUCUUUUUUUUAAUUGUUGUAACCAGAGUUACAGCUGUGAACUGUGUAUCAGCGUUUACAGCUUCUCAACAAGAACUAAGCAGACGUUCAGUUUCUCUGCUUUGUAGUAACCUCAUCUGUAUGCACGGCUUUACAGUAUCUUACAUUUUUAUAUUCCACUGUCGCUUAUACGCACAAAUCUUAUGUUAUGUUACUUUUUUAUGUUGGAUAUGAGGCUUUAUUCUGAAUGUUUCAGGCUGCUGUGUGAGGGAGGAGGGUGUCAUGUCAUUUUUCUGGCCUUAAGUUGUGUAUUUACUCAAAUGCAAUAAAUAAAAUAUUAUUUAUCUUGA